AUGGCCUAUCUCAGGGCCCAGCAGAUCAAGGCCGGGCUGGACGCGGGCUUUAUAAGGCAGGACGAUUAUGACAAGGCCCGGGACGCGUACCUAACGGCCUUGGACUUUGUUGUGAUGUCGACGCAGCCGAGCGCCAGCGGGCCGGAGCCGGGCGCAUCUGGGGCAGCGGCCGCGCCGCCCUCACAGGCAGCUGCAGCACUGGCCCGACCGGCGCUUGCUGCGCCGCCCACGCUGGCACCCCUGGCUCUGCCGCGAGUGCGGGCAACGAGCUCGGACGCCGCGCCGUCGCCAGCGGAGGCUGCGGUCCCCAGGGCGUCACCCGCGCAAGCGCCCGCGCCGGCGCCGGCGUCGGCGUCGCUGCCGCCCGCGGCCGCUAACCGCUCCGGGCUCGCCUCCCCCAGCGGCACGGGCGGCUGGGCGGCGCCACGCGAGUCUUACGCGGCCGCGCUCAACACGCCGCUCGCCCAGCGGACGCCGGGGGUCAGCAGCGCGAGCGGCGCGGCGCAGCGCCCGGCUACGACGGGCGGCACAAGCGCCGGCUUCGGCGGCGGCGGAGCGGCCCGCAACGGCGGGGACGCCAUGCCUGCGCCCGGAACGGUCAGCCGGUCUCGCUCUAUGUUUGGCGCGGCUGCCGGCUACUCGCCGCGCGCGGCCGGCUACUCGCCCCGCGCCGCGCCCUCGCCGCGCGUCAGCGACGGCGGCGGCAGCGCGCACCGCAGCAACAGCGGGCCCCCAAGUCCCGCCGCCGGCGCGCGCAGCCCCAGCGCCGGCGGCGCCUUUGGCGCCUCGGAGCGCGCCGCGGCGCCGAGCAGCGCCCCGCGGCCCGCGAGCGCCAACGGCGGCCCGCCCCUGCCGCGCGCGCCGGUGUCGGGUGCGGGCGCGGGUGCGGGCGUGGUGGUGGGCACCGCGAUACCGGCGGACGUGCCGCAGUAUGCGCCGCGCGGCAGCUUUGCGGGCAAGUGUUCCAUGGCUGGCAUAGGGCUCCACGAGGACUGCGUGAACCUGUUUGUGCACAUGAGGCAGCGCAGCAAGUUCAAGUGGAUCACGUAUAAGGUGGACGACAGCGGCAAGACGGUGGUCCCGGACCACUAUGGCGUGCGGUCCUCUACCCACGACGCCUUCAUAGCGGUGCUGCCCCCGGCAGAGUGCAGAUACGGCGUGUACGACUUUGAAUAUGUCAGCGCAGAGAGGGGCGGCUUCAGCAAGCUGGUCUUCAUCUUCUGGGCCCCUGAGGGGUCGGCCAUCAAGAGCAAGAUGAUGUAUGCGGCCACCAAGGACUUCUUCAAGGGCUUCCUGGAGGGCAUCGGGGCCGAGCUGCAGGCUAAUGAGCCCGAUGAGGUCACAGAGGAAGAGAUCCGGCUCAAAGUGGGCGCCAACCUGUCACGCAAGUAG